CUCACUGUUACUGGGAGUGGAGUCACCUUAAAACAGGAUUGUGGCUUUAGCCAACCCAUGUGAAAUGAAAGGACCAGGGUGAUCCGAUAGUACCAAGAGUUGAGGAUACCCCCACUGCCACGCAGUCACAUUUGAAAUGUUGGGGAUUUUAAAGAAAUUUCUUCUGAAUUGAAAGUUGAAGGAAGAUUCCCUGGGGAAAAAUACCCUAAGAUGGGCCUUGAAGAAUGAAUUAGACACAGACACACGGCUGUUCCGUCAGCACUCUUCUGAGAGUUGUUUCUCCUUGAACGUAGCUUUACUCUAACCUUCCUUUCAAUACCUAACUUCAGUUGAGUAUCAGUGUCCCAUCACUCAACACACCCCCAGGAACAUCCUAGAUCUCUGACACUCCCAGGCACUUGUUCUCUCAUGAUUUAUUGGUUCACGCCCAGCCAUAAUUGUACUGCAACCAUGCAACAAUGGUCAUAUUCUGGCUCAUCCACUCAUUGCACAUUCCGGUACAUUCUGCAUCCCAGUAUUUAACAACCCAUCCAACACAUGGUACAAGCUCAAUAAAUACUCACUAAUUGGUUAAUAGGUGUAAUCUUAGUGAUUGAUGGGUCAAUUGUAUUCGCCUUAAUCACUUCUGGAUUUCUCACUUUCUCAGCGUGAGACUUUGGAAGGAGUUUCCAUGGAGUCCCACUCCAACCAAGGCCAUAAACAGUCCAAGGGGCAAAUGAAUGUGACAUAGUCUCAUUCUCUACAAAUGAAACUGCAAAGUGGAUUUUGAAGCCUGAAAGAGAAACCUGAUUUUUCUCCUUUCAUCAGAUAGCUCUAGAGCUGCACACAGAAACCCACAGAGCCUGAAGAAGGAACAGUCCGAAGCUGGUAGAACUGCAAGGCAAUACCUGUGCUACCCAACCGGAGUACACUGUGGUCUCGGAAAGCACUGAACAGCCUUUGACGGAGACCACUUACCCAGUGCCAUCAAAAGUGACCCUGUGUGACCCAAGAAGACCAAACUUGGAGACCCAGAAACCUACGAGAAUGUCAGAUGCACAGCAUCAAGUACCUGGGCUCCAGCAUCCCUCAAUAACAACCAAUUUUGAGUCUCCCCUUGGCGUCACUCAGUACUCAGAGAGAACAACAGCUGUCCAGGCUGUGCCUGGAGACCCUCAGAAUCCCCCGAAUGUUGUUCCUGGGCCAACAUACAUCCCAAACCAGUCCCAGUGGAGCAUGUCGUUUGGCUCAUUCACUGCAUUUGAUCCCAAGAAAUUCAUCAAUGAUGAAGUCAGGACAUUAGGGGCCAUCCAGAUCUUCAUCGGCCUGAUACAUAUUUUCGUUGGAGUCAACCCUGUGCUAUAUGACUACUUAUCUGUGCUCGGGGCUUCAGGGUACCUGUUCUGGGGAGGAAUCACUUUUAUUGUGUCUGGAUCCCUCUCCAUAUGUGCUGAGAAAGACCACAGCUCCUGCAUGGUGAAUGGCAGUAUUGCUGUAAACAUCAUCAGCGCCAUCUUCUCCCUCGUUGGGAUCUUCAUUCUCAUUACAGACCUGAUCGUUUACCCAAUGAUGAUACAGAGAUAUAUAAUGGCAAUUUCUGGUGGUCUCCUCCCAUUCGUCCUGCUGGAGUUUAUCCUCACUUGUGUAGUCUCCCAUUUUGGAUGCCAGGCUGUCUGCUAUAAGCAUUUUCAGGACACACCAAUAUUUACAACGAUGUUCGGUGUCAACACAACCAACACAACCUUCGGCCCUAUCAACACUGCCACCGGCCCUGUCAGCACUGCCACUGGCCCUAUUAACACUGCCACCACCCCUAUCAACACUGCCACCGGCCCUGUCAGCACUAUCAUCCACCCUGUUGACCCUGCCUCUGGCACUGUCACCUCUGUCAUCAUGCCUGCCAACACUACACCCGACCCUGUCCACACUGCCACCAGCCUGGCCAACAUCACCACCAUUCCUGCCUAUGCUGUGUACCCCAGCCAUGCAGCUCCUCAACCUUCAUACCAGAAAGUAGCUGAUUUUGCCCAGAGGUAGUUGGCCUAUUCCAGUAACAAUGAGGUGCCACUGCAGCAGAAUCUUUUCUUCUCCCUGAACCUUGCAUAACAUUGUUUCCAUGAACUGUUCCCUCCCCCUC